UCAACACCCUUGUUACAUUUUAACUCAUUGGCUGCCGUUGACGGCACAGACGUCCAAUCCAUGUUGGCUGGGAAGGAAAGCUAUCGCUACUAGCUUCCAGUAAAAUUAGAUUGGACGUCUAACGCCGUCAGUAGCAGUAAAACAUGAUCACUCAAUGCGAGCCCUCCCAGUUGAUCUGGAAAUGGAUGACUUUCAAUGGCAAUUAAGUUUCGUUUCUUCAAAAGAGUGCACCGCACAGACGCCCUGCAUUCUUUCGCUUUCGUUUAUCCAGAAUCGACACCACAUGCGCAUGAGAUUGCAGUAUAUAAAUAAACCUGGCCAAACGACAAGGAGAGGAAAAAAGCGGAGAGCAAGAAAACAUGGACUUGUUGACUGUUGCCGGUGUUGCUGCGGGCGCAGCUGCCUCGGUGGUUGCGGCUCCUGUGGUCCUUGGGGCUGCCGGAUUCACUUCAGCUGGGAUAGCAGCGGGCUCCUACGCAGCAGGCUGGAUGUCAAGCGCAGCCAUCGCUAAUGGAGGAGGGGUGGCGGCAGGAAGCACUGUGGCUGUCUUGCAAUCAGCUGGUAUGGCUGGUUUGUCAGGUGCAUUUUCUGCAGCUGUGGCCGGUGUAGGAGGAGCUGUGGGAGGACUUAUCGGUUCACUCUUCUGAGGCCAAAACUUUAACCUAAUAAGAUGCUAAUUCACAUGUGUCAUAUGUCAUUACGUUACUCAUCCUAAGUCAAUAAAAACCCAAUAAAAUGCUGCAACAGUACAUGUGUAGUUA